AUGCAAUUUGCAACCAUUCUUUUCGCUGCCCUCGCAGUCGCAGCACCCACUAAGAGGGAGACCACUUGCAAGUUCCCAGACAGUAAGGGCUUAUCCUCGGUGACACCUUCCAAAAGCAACGCCGGCUGGGCACUUUCUCCUGACCAGAAGUGCACCGCUGGCUCUUACUGCCCUUACGCUUGUCCUCCAGGCCAAUUGAUGGCUCAGUGGGACAAAUCUGCCAAGAGCUACUCCACCGGAUCCUCGAUGAACGGAGGUUACUACUGCAACAGCGACGGAGAGCUCGAAAAACCCUUUUCAGACCGUGAUCUCUGUGUCAACGGCACGGGCACCGUUGAAGUCAACAACAAGGCCAAGAAAAACGUUGCCUUCUGCCAGACGGUGCUCCCAGGAAACGAGGCCAUGUUGAUCCCCACGGACGUGGACGGCGGCAAAACAGAGACGUUGGCCGUUCCGGACGAAGACUACUACGCAUCCUCGGCAGCCCACUACUACAUCAACCCAUUGGGCGUAUCUACCAAGGACGCUUGUGUGUGGGGCAGCAAGGACAAGGCCCAAGGCAACUGGGCGCCGUAUGUGGCUGGAGCCAACACGGAGUCCUCGGGAGACACGUUUGUGAAGAUUGGCUGGAACCCCAAGUACAUUGAUGACUUCAAGGACAAGCCGCAGUACGGGAUUCGUAUCACUUGUGCGGAUGGCGACUGCAAUGGCUUGGACUGCGAGAUUGAUCCUUCCAAGGACGGGUACAAUGGCGUUAACGGUAAGGACACCGGCAAGUCGCUUGGCGCCUCGUACUGUGUUGUUACGGCCAAGAACAAGAACACCGCUACCAUCGAGGUGUUUUCUGUCUGA